UGUCACAUGACCCCAGCUUACACAUGCGCACUGACGUCACCUCCACGACUGCAACUUUUCCUCAUGACGAGAUAGUGUCGGCUGUCCAAAAUCCUCCGUUUUCCUCCCAAAACUUCCUCCUCCCGGCCGCCACAGCACCGCCAACAACAUGUACUGGAUACUGGGAGUGCUCCUGGUGGCUUCUUGUGCCCUAGGACAAGAAUGUCCCACCUAUGACAGCGAUUGUAACCUCUGUCAGACAAACAACUGUACCUUCGUGAACUGCACAACGUCAUCUGAUGCAGAAGUGUACAACUGCACAGCUACUGGAGAUGAGAGUUCCGCAUGCCUAAACCCAGUCACUAUCACUGAGUGUUCAGCUGUGACAGAUGCUCCAGACACAACUGCUGCUCCAACUACUCAAGCUCCAACAACGACUCCCAAUGCUACAACAGUGCAGACCACCCUUCCUCCCUCUACUCAAGGGCCUGCCAAGCAAGGGCUAAUGCAAGCCAAUUCUACAACCAAGCCUACCACGCCCAAACCGACCACACAGCCAGCGAAAACAUCCCCAGGGCCGUCGGCUGGCCCAACAAACAGCCCACAGAAAGGAGGGUUUGAUGCUGCGAGCUUCAUCGGAGGUAUCGUCCUCUGCGGCGGGCUGAUAGCGCUAAUCUUCUUCGGCUGCAAGUUUUGGAAGUCCCGCUCCUCUCCAAACUACCACACGUUCAGCUCAGUGUCAUUCGGUCGGAAAGAAGCCAGGAGGAAACACACCUCAAAACCACCUUCAAAGCUGUCAAUAAGAGCAGAUGACGUGAUAGAAGCAGAAGACACAUUCACAGACAGCCUGGACCACCAGGUGGGCGUGCUCAGGAUAUAUGACGAUGAGGAGGACCAAGAUCACAUCAGGUCUGGACUCCCGGAGUCAGACAGGGACAGAGGAAGGAAAGUUAGCGCUGAGAGAGAACGAGGGACCAUCCCCAAAGACUUCAUUGUGAGGGAGUUUCAUGAUGCACCAAGCGAUGAGGAACCUAGUGAUGAUGAGAUGCUAGCUUAUUGAGGCAAAAGCAAUAGACUAUUAUACACUGUAGCAUGUACCAAAGCUGCGCACUUCAAUGCAAACCCCAAAAUAAAAUGGGUUCAAGACCAAGAAAAGAUUGAAAUUUGAUUUUCGGGCAUUGCUGCGUUGUAUAUCCAAUAUAUAGUGCCUGUAUUCUUAGCAACGUCCUAAUGAAUUGUGCAAAGAUCAGGAGGGGAAAGAUCUGUCCAACAGAUGACUCUGUUUAAGACAGGGAUGUGCAGUAAAAUGCUUAAGUAUAAAAUCUUGAAGUUGAUAUUCUGUAUUCAAGGUUAAAUGAGAUGCUCAUUGCAAUUGACCAAUUACAUGCAAAGUUUGGCUUUAAGUUCAUAGGCUCAAGUCAUCGAGCUUGCCUUUGUUGAUCUUUAGAACUUUUUUAUAUGGAGGUGUUUGUAUUUUCUAUAAUGCCAUACUGUCACUUAGUAUAAGCCUUCUUGACAAAAAGUGCAAUUCAUUUUGUUUGCCUGUGGUAUCACUUUACAUUUUCAUUUCAUUCACAGGUAAUAUGCCACAUCUUUGUUAUGUUUACAAAUGUCAACAUUUACUUUGUAUUGAAGUGGUACGUACACAUGCAUCUCUGAAAACUGUACUUUGCAAUACUGAAGAAAGUUAAACAUUGAUGUUUCUAUAUGUGGUGUCUAUAGACAUUGGUGAUGGGUUGGUGAUGCACAAAAUACAUGAAGAUGAACUCUGCAGUCUGCUGGACAAUUCAAGCUUGUCAUUAGAGUUUGUCAACAAGAUAGAGACAAUUUCAUAACAGUGGUUCAGUCGUGUAUUGUUGACAUUUACAAAAAGUGCCAGCAUUGAAUUCAAAUAUUACCCUUUUGAUGGCAUAAUGCUGAGAAUUUUGUUCAUAUAGAAGGCAAGGUUGUUACUGUGGCUGCAUAACAGUCAAAGUUAUUUUUGUAA